AUGACUUCCCAUCGAAUCGAGGAUAUAGAGUACCGUUCCUUGGCGGAAAUACAUCUAGACGAUGCUACUAAGUUGCUGACUUCUGCUAUGCUCCAACGAGAACCUCUCAUUUCAUCGUUAGACAAUACUAGCUACAAUGUAGAGUAUAGUGCUAACUACCAGCUAUGUCAGAGAGCCAUACGUGAUGGGCUGUCAUUUGUGGCUAUCGAUACAAGUACAAAUAAGUUGGUAGGAGUAGCUGCGAGUGUAAUAUGCACUGAAGGGGAGGAAGGAGAAUAUAUAUACUAUGCCAAAGACCUAAAGGGAAGAGAAGUAUACACGCCUAUGUUAGCAAUAUUAGGGGUACUUCAUGGUCACGGUGAUCCUAUUGCUGGAAUAACAACAACUCCAUCAAGUCUGGUUGCAGAAAUCGCAAAAGUAACCACUCAUGUAGAUUAUGGCAGAAUGGGGAUAUUAACAGAGAUAACCAGACGUAAACUUGAGGUUUGCAAAGAGAAAGGCUUGUCAAUAGUCAUGGCUGACGCAACUAGUCCGUAUAGCCAACGUGCAUUCGAAAAGUGUGGUUUUCAUUCAGUAUAUGAAAUACAGUUUGAUAAUUUCGAGUUUGAAGGUAAAAAACUGUUUUCAAAUCAUCCAGUAGCCAAAUGUGUUCAAUUAAUGGUAAAACAAUUAUAA